CAGCCUCCAAGCCUCCAAAUUUGUAUGGAACCGAACAAAAAGCCGGUGGUUUGCCCCCUUUAAAACAAACGUCAAUGACGGACCGCUAGUCAAUUAGUCAUUUGCAAAGGGAAGAAGCAAGAUACCAGCAGCAAUUAAAACCCUAGCAUUAUAGUUACCAUACAGGAGAAUGGAAGAUAGCUUCAGAGUUCGGGUGGAUAAAGCAUUCGGGUCUCUACUGGCGUCGCCGCCGUCGUCUUCCGAUAGUAGAGGGAAGGAGACUUCCUCGCUGCCGCUAAGCUCCCUAUGGUGUCUGACGGACGACGAGAUCCAGAGAAAGGAAUGGAACAGGGACCCUGGCGACCACGACUUCUAUGAUUCCAUGCCCUACCCGCCCAAUCUCGACGGCUUCGUCUUCGCUAAUAAUAAUCAUACCGAUAAUGUUGCGAAUACGCCACAAACAGUUGUUCCGUCGUCUUCUCAGCCAGGGCCCUCAUCCUCGGAUCUCAAUCAGCAGCUUGAAACUGACCUCGUAGACAUCGACGACCUUUCUGAAGAUUAUGGUGACGACGAUGAAGAUGAAGAACCAAAUAGUAAAAGCAAGAGGCAGCGUGGAAGCCCCAAUGACGAUGAUGAAUCGAAUAUUCGAUCUUCUAUUGGCCAGGAUUGUACCCUUGACUACGAGGAAGAGGAAGAUGAAUAUGAUAAGGUAGCUGUGGGCAGUGAAAAGGUGAGUGAUCAUUGUUUAUACAUGAGGGAUGCUACUGAAUAUGGAAUUGGUGUCAAUACCUACAAUGAACUUCCUGAUACCCUUCAAGAUUUUGUAAGGGAUCCUCGUGCUGAUCAUGCCGCGGCCAAACUUAGGCUCAAAGAAGAUGCAGAGGCUGCUGGGAAUUUUGAUUUGCUUAGGCUUUCUGAUGCUCCUGAGAUUUCGAGUUUCGUAGUUUUGGAAGAUGGAAGCAGCAGAAAGUCUAUAAUCAAGAAGAGAGAAGGUCUGAAAGAUGUAAAAUCACAAAAACGGGUGCGAUUCAACAAUAACCGUACAGAAGGCAACUUAAUAGCCACUAAGGACUAUUGUCCUAUCAAAGAGGAAAAGGCUUCUGGUUCUGGAGAGGGUUUAAACAUGAUCCAGGACACAUCUGUUCCAGAUUAUAUAAGGAACCCUUCAAAUUAUACUCAUUACACUUUUGACACAGCCACUGAUAUGGAUGAUGAUUCAAAUCGAAAGGCUUAUUUGGACUUCCUUAGUCUUGUAAGAAAGCCAGGCAUCACCACCACAACAGUGCAGCAUCAAGGCGAUUUGGUGAAUAAUCCUCCAAAACCGGUUAUCUUCAAUCUAAAGAAGGCGAGUCUUGAUGUCCAUACAGACAAAGUAGGAAACAAAUACCCUAAUGUGCAUGUGGAGAAAUAUUCACGAGUUGGAAUAGCCCUCAGUGAUGAUGCCCCAGAAGACGAAGUUGUCUCUGCCAUGGAAGAAGAUGACCACGGAACAGCAGUUGAUACAAUGAACACAACAUUGAAAUCCAGCCGACAGUAUCGGGUACGGACAAAAAGGGAUUUUGACGAUCAAGAGUAAAGACGCCUGUAUGAAAUUCAACAAAAGAAUUGGAAAUAAAUGCUGUUCAAGAUGCGAAAAUAGAAAGGGUGGCUUCAGGAAUGUUGGUGCUUUGAACUGAAAUUGUCAGAAUUGAUUCUUAAUAGUGAAUGACAUGUGUGAAUUAAAUCAAUGAAUAACAUUACAUGUGCAUAUGGAAAUUGAGGGAUGGAUUAGUGGCUGUGUUGGGGUUGCUGACAAUUUCGGUGCAUUAUGAUUCUAUUAAUUUGUGCAUUUUUUCCAACAGUAUUGUGCAAACUCUGGCUCAUUGGGAAGACGAAAAUGGUGGGGAAGAAAACACUACAGUCUUUGAUUCAAACUAAAGUGCAUUAGUGUGGUGUUUUAUGCGCAAGGAAUGAGUAAUGGUGUAUUUGGUUGAAAUAUACAUGCAGGUACCUUUGGAGGGUCCAAUUACUAUACUAACUAUAUUGUGUAACAUGAUCAUUGGAUAGUGUUUUUGCAUUUGGAAUUAUUGGGCGUCAACAAAUGGUGCAACUAUGUACAAGGUGACCUAAUCUGAUGUAGUACAAUUACACCAAAAAGCUAUAUGAAUAUGCAUUUAGAAUGUGUUACCUGAGCA